UUAUUUCCAAUCAAUCAUAGAGGUUAUCAAUCAAGCUAUAGUAAGAGCAAAGCAGAGCGCGAUAAUUACUACGCUUAUCCCACAAUGCUCAAUUAUACAAUCCGUGAGCGUGAGUAAUGUUUCGGCUCAAUCGUAUGUACUAUUAUUAUUACCUCCGACGACAGCCGACUGCGUUGCUUGCCACUCGAGCCGAUCGAGCGAGGUCAUUACGGACGAAACAAAAUGGGACCGCACCAUUCUGAUAAUAUACCACUAUGUUAGCCUGAUAGUUAUUUAUGCCUAUGUUGAAAUGGCGUCGCUUACUAACCGUGCGACAGAGAAAGAUAUAUCGACUGCUGCUCUUUCUUACUAGUUAGAAAGAGACGGAUUACUCUGCUGCCGACCACCGCUAGGAAUUUGCCAGCAAACCAACCAAUACUGGCAGUCGGCCAUACUGGCACUGGCAGCCACGGCUGUCUGUGUUUGCCUGUGAGUGAAAGGAUCCGAGUUAAGGUCUGCCUCAGUCAUCGGUAAAAUUACCGUGAAUACCGUUUGUUGUGCGAUCGAAGUUCUCAUGAUAAUUAUUAGACUUGUUAUUUACAUAAUUAAGUUGAUUCAAACAUAACCCGUUUGACAUAGUCGUCAGUUAUAGCCAAUGCGUUCAGUGACUAUCGUGUCGAUUCGAUGCAAUGCGACUUUAUUUGACAGAGCUCCGUUGGUUUAUUUAGCCGGCCAUUUUGUAUUUUCGUGCAAAAGCAAAGUGAGUGAAGUGAAGUGACAGAAGGUCGCGGAAAACAAACGAUUUGCAUUUUGAUUUCCUAGUGUUAGUAAAUGUUGUCUCUAGGUUAUAAUAGUACGCAGUAAAAGCCGGGAAAGCGAUUCUUCAUGUUGGUUAUGUAGUAGUGGUGUGAAAUAGUAAACUCAGUGUUGUAUUUGGAUGUAAACUAACGUGAACUUGCAUGAGCUGUGCCGGGUUGGAUCUAUAAUAAAAUUUGGACAAUCACAAACCAAAAUACAGCGAUAUUACAAUAGAAAAAUCAUUAUUCGAUUCCAGUUUGAUGUUUAAGUAGUAAUGAUUGUAUCGUAGAUGAUGGCAACUAAACAUGCCCCUGUUUUAUCUUCGUCACCCACAAACAAUGAUUCAGAUGACGAGGCUCAAGAUUCAAUAGAAUCAAACCACCAAGAACAAGAGAGCAACGAUGUCGCUAACAUCCUGAAAAGGCUUCAGUCUUCGGGAGCGUUGAUUAAGAAGCCAAAACAAGAGUACCGUUGUUACACGUGCGACGAAGACUUCCGAGAUUGGGAGGAACUAGAGAACCAUUUAAUCCAGCACGUGUCUCUGCCCUCCGUGGUCCUCGACAAACUGCCUUCAGACGAUGAGGAUGGUCCUCCUUCAGAUGAAAACUGGACGGAUGAAGAGGAAGAAUCACCGCCACCGCAGGCCCCCCAGAAAGUCACACCCACUAAAUUAGAUAUUUCAGCACUACUUAAAAAGACUGGCAUCUCGCUCAAAAAGCCUGCAGAUAGCGAUAACUCAGGUUCUGCUCUCAGUAAACUAAGUGGUUUAGGGUUCACGAUAAAGAAAGGUAACACACCAAUUAAACAAGAACCAGAUGGAGAAAAUACUAAUGAUGUCAUGCAAAAACUUGGCAAGCUUGGUGGUAUUAAACUCAAACUAAAAUCAGAUGGUAACUCUAACUCCUUCAAAGUUAUCAAUGGGCUCAAGGAUUUCCAUGCGUCAGAUGAUGACGAAGGCAGUGGUGAUGAAGCAAUCAGAGACGAUCCCGACGCUGACUUUGACGAAGACCCAGACAAGUCAGCAGAACAUGAUGGAUCCGGCGAAAAUGAUUCCGAAGGUGAGAAUGAAACGAAUACUUCGAAUAAUCGUAAAACAUCAGAAAGCGAUGAUUCAGAAAAAUCAUCGAAAUUUAAACCUAGCUCGCUCAAGAAUUUACAAGGUAUGUCUAUAGUGCAGAAGAAGGAACCAACAACUUCAGCUAAAGUCCCUGUUAACGAUCCCCAGCAAAGAAAACCGCCCGGCAGACCUGCUAUAAAACAGACGCCGAAGAGAGGAGCGAAUCAUCCUUUGUCAAUUAAAGAAAAUUCGCAGGGUUCAAACACACCAUCAAGUACGCCUUCAACUCCAGAAAGGCGGCCUUCACGAGACAUUAGUAAUGACAGCGUCUCUGUUAAACAAGAAGUCGAGGCAGUUGAGACUCAGUCUUCUAACGUACCUAUCUUCUCCACGCAUAUUAAAUCUGAAAGGGCUUCUCCAACGCCAAAUGAUUCCACCUCCACUCCUGUGCUGGCCAGAGUCAAAACGGAACCCGAUAUGCCCAUAACAGGUCCUGCAGUACCAUUAGCGAGUAGUACGACUCCACUAGUACCGGUCGUGCCGAAAGUUGAAGACAGCGGUAUGACUGUCAUAGAAAUAAAUGGAGAUUCUAAUGACGAAGAUGAUGAUUGUUGUGUGGUGUCGGCGACGCCGGCGCCCGACAUCAAACCAGUUAUUCCUAAGAUUGAAAAUCCGCCUGUAACAUAUCCUCCACCUCCGUAUACAACUUCGCAAUCAUCCACGUACAGCUCAUCGAGUAUGCUCAACACUCGUUUGACAGCGCCAUCUACAGAGAAACAACACAACUUCAACUGGAAUGCACCGGAUUCUAAACCUCCCUUGGAUAUGUUGGAGAAAAGUGCAGAUGACAUAUUCGAAAGCCUGCUGUCCGGUUCGACGAAAAAGGAAAGCCUUUCUUUAUCUGAAGCUAGUGAAUACAUUUCCUUGGAUACUUUAGGUCCUCAACACUCCUGUGAUGUUUGUAACACAAGGUUUACGGACAUAUCCUUGCUUGAAGACCACAGAAGAAUGACUGGACACACGAAAGCUCUUGCGUUACCAUCGUCUUCAUCAUCAAUGCUUCCAUACAGCUCCAGUUCUAACAUCCUCUCAUCCUUAAUACCUGUAAAACAAUUAGCCGACCAAGUUGGAAAAUUAUCUACGAUUGGUGGAAGUGGACCUGGCUUUACUCAUCAGCAGAAUGUCAUGAUAAAUAUUCAAGCUUACCCUGGUGGAGGCGGUAUGAUGAUGCCAUCUCAGCCGUAUAAUUCAUAUGCACCUGGCCAAAACCCCAACCCAGAUUACGGGCAACCAGGCCAACCUAAUAAUAUGUAUGGGAAUCAGGGAAUGCCAAACCAAUAUCCUGGACAAAAUUAUAUGGGCCAACAGGGCUACGGACAGUUCCAACAGCCUAUGUCAAAACCAGGGUAUCCAAUGCAGCAAGGUCAGUAUCCACAAUCUUCCACCGCAUACUCCACGCCUUCACCACUCCAAGGUAUGCAGCAAGCUGUUUACGGACAGGCGCCGAUGGGCAGCAUGAAUCCAUCAAUGGGUCCUCCCAUGGGGUCAAUGGGUCCUCCCAUGGGAACAAUGGGACCUCCUGGUGCUCCCUUCGUUCCAUCAUCAAGUGCAAAUGGUUCAAUGAAAGUUCCGACCAGCGGCAUUAAAAUUCAGAAUGUUCAGACUUUCCCCGCGGGUCAAACAAUCGCGAUGCCCGGGCCAGAACAGAUGACCCGUCCAGCUCAACCAGUAGCUCCCGGUCAAGUUGUAGGUGGACAAAUGAAUUCACCAAGCCCGAUAAGAAUGGCCCCUAAUGCGAACGUAACGGGAACUAGACCACGCAUGGCCAAUCCUAGAGGACCUCGACCUUCUCUUAGGCCAGGUCUUAUAGUACAAGGACAGGUCCGACAGCAGAAGCCCGGUAUGCGCAUGCCGAUAAAGCGACCAGGCGGCAUGGGUGGUGCCGGACCGGGCCAGAAGCGGCGACCGGACAUGCUGCUACCCGGCAAGCACGACAACGAAGACUGCCAUGUCAUGGCCAUGCAGAAACAGAGAGACGGUCUACCUAUGAUCCACAGCGUGCAAGGCGCGAAAGACAAACUCAAUUUAGGCAGCCAAAUAUCUAUAACUAAGAAAACAGUGAACAAGGAGGCCAAUGCAAUGGCUAACGUACUAGCAUCAAGAGGAAUAUCUGUUAAACAAAAGCAGAAAAGUCGAUCUCCCACACCAGAAAGGCCUAUACCUCAUAUUCCUAACCUGGGUGCCGGUGUGAGUAUCAAACAUACAUCAAAAUCCAGCAAUUUCUCCAUACCCGAAGCGAAGGUCGGCGGCGGCAUGUUACCCUGCAGUGUAUGCAAGAAAAUGUUCAUGAACCACAAUUCUCUACAAGUGCACAUGUCGAAUGCUCAUCCUUUGAGCAAAUCAUCAGCGUUUAAGUGCGACGAGUGUCCAGCUGCAUACCCCAAGUCAUUACAACUUCAACAUCAUAAAAGGGUGUUCCACAACGUCUCAGGUCCCAACCGAGAGCUAGGCUUGCCAGUAGUGGACCUGUCACAGGAAGACAACCUCAAACGGUUGAGUAGUUUAGGCAUAUAUAGUUUUAUACCAUUAGCGAAUAGGGAGCAAGCGGGUGGAUGUUUCGGAAUUCCAGUAAUCUCAGUGCAUAAUGUACAGAAUGGCAUUUCAACGAGUUUGCAAGCGUUGGGUGCUGAUGGCUUGCUAAGUUUAGGGCCGUUGAAGCCCCUGCCUAACUCAUAGACUGUAAAAGACAUGUGUUUGGACUCAGUGAGUGUGUGUAUAUGGAGACUGUGAUUCUAUAAGUUUUGUGUAGACACGGAUUUUUCGUCACAAAUUAUAUUUUUGUAAGAACUUUUUGUUUGUAUAGCCUUGGUUAGAUAGUGAGGAAAUCUGCAAGAAAUGUUAAUUGAACUAUCCAACAAUUGGAAAUUGUUGAUUUUAAAGCUUAUUUCCUUUAAUAAUUAUGUAAAAUAAUUAAGUGUAGCUACAAAGCUUUCCGUUAAUUAUACUUUAGGUAUAUGUGAGAAAAUAGAAAAACAUAAAAUAAUGUUUUUGAAUAAUAUUCAAAUAAAAGAACAGAGAUGGAAAUAUAAAUCUAAAUAAAGUCAUCUCUUAUCACCAGGCGAUUUUUACAAACAUAUUAAGCACAAACUAUCAACUAAUUGAUAAUCUAGUCAAAAACGUUACUUAAAAUUCUAAAACUAUACGAAUAAACUGGUUAUCCUCACUAUUUGAAUAAAGGUCACAUUUACAGAGACAUUUAAUUUAAAUAACAGAUUUGUAUAUCAUUAAAGUACAUAUACUCUAUUAAUGUAAAGUCAGAGCUUUUUCAUAAUGUAAUUAUGUAUUUAUAACGAAUAUAACAGGGUGGUGAUAUUGUAAGAGCAUUAAACGUAUAACCAUAGCGACUAGUCAAUCGAAACUAAUAAAUUAAGUAUUAUUAUCAGAUUAUAAACCUUCAGAUCAAAUGAAAAAGAAGCUAUAAUUACAGUAGAAACAACACUCUGUAUAAUUUUUUUCAAUAUGGUUUAAGUAUACAAUUUUAUACUUAUUUUGUCUUAUAAGCUAACCAGGUAAAUACUAUCCCUUAUUAAUGCGAAAGUAACUCUGUCUGUCUGUUACGCUUUCACGUAACACUGAACUGGUUUUA